AUGGUUCCCCCCCUCCACUUCUAUUUGGUCCGGAUCCAAAGGCCCAAGACCCUUCCCCUUCCCCUAUAAUAAUAAUGAUAAGUCAAAAAUCAGAAACUCCUCAAAGCACAGCAGACAAAAAACCAGUACAAGAAAACCGCACUACAAACUAGAGCAGAAUCAGUACAAGAAAACCGCACUACAAACUAGAGCAGAAUCAGUACAAGAAAACCGCACUACAAACUAGAGCAGAAUCAGUACAAGAAAACCGCACUACAAACUAGAGCUGACAGCUGGCACAACAAAACAUUGCAUGGAAAGUUCCCUGACAAAAUUGUGUGUGUGUGUGUAUGUAUGUAUGUAUGGUUCCCCCCCCCCCUCCCCUUCCACUUGGUUUGGAUCCAAAGGCCUGAGUCCCUCCCCGGCGCUCCGCAAUCCCUCCUCCUCUCCAUCCCUGGGAUGCGGACGAGAACAAGGAUGGCCAUUUUCCGGUCCUGAGGAUUUGUGACAGCUCCGGGGACGGAUUUGAGAUACACACACACACACACACACAGAGCCUCUCUUUUUCUCUUUCACAAGCACACGCGUGUAGGAGCGAACACACCGAAGCCGCAGCCAUGGAUGUCCGAAGAGGUAUUUUUUCAAGGUGCCCAUCGGCACCUGUUUCCAAGCCAUGACCUCCAAGGCCAAGAAGCGGGUGGUGCUGCCCACCCGGCCGGAGCCCCCCAGUGCCGAGCAGGUCCUUGAGGACGUCCAGCGCGCCCAGCCCAACGACCCCGUCUUUGUCUUGCUGGCCGAACCCAGCACAGAAGACCUGCCCACUCCGGUCAAAAACGAGGACCCCGAAGCCAAGCGGGAGCGCCUCUACCGCCUGACCCAGUCCUACGUGGAGAUGAACCACCGCCUGCAGAAGGCCUGCAGCCUCCUGAAGGAGAAGUGCGAGGAGCUCAAACUGGCCGGGGCCACCUUGGAGCAAGGCAUCCUGGAGAUGAAGCAGAGGGCCUUGUGAGGCACACGACUCGUUCUUCCUUUCGCGGGGGGCUGGGGAGGGGGCCGGGGAGGGGGAAUCAAAGACUCUCCCCUUGCCACGAAAACCCAGAAGCAUCCUCUUCCUUUCUGCAACAAAAACAAAAAGACUCGCCGGCCUGCAACGUGAUCGAUUCCAGCAUGCCUCUGCCACCGCCGCCGCUUCUUCUUCUUCCUCGACGCCGCUGCCAUCUUGUGUUUUAGGUCCCGUGAAUGUGUGCCGACCGUAGGCCGCUAGGUCCCGCCACUCCCUUCCGCCGUCUGCUUUCCGAUCUCGUGCGCUUUGUAUAAGUCGGGGUAGAACUGGGGGGUGGGGGCUCGUCCGGGAUUCUUCGUUCAGUCGUCGUAUGUGUUUCGUUCCGGAGAACUGGACUCUGAGGGCCAAGAGGUGGGAAAAGGAGACGGGUAUAGCCAUUUGGGUGGGUGGGUAGAGUGUCCCGUCGACGGGAGGCUUUGCAAUGACCUCUCUCCCUCCGCCCCGUUAUGGGGGCUCGUCCGGGAUUCUUUCUUCAGUCAUCGUAUGUGUUUCAUUCCAGAAAACUGGACUCUGAGUUUCGUUCCAGAAAACUGGACUCUGAGGUAGGGAAAGGAGAGGGGUAUAGCCAUUUGGGUGGGUGGGUAGAGUGUCCCAUUGACAGGAGGCUUUGCAAUGACCUCUACACCCCAUUAGGUUGGGGGCUCGUCCGGGAUUCUUUGUUCAGUCAUUGUAUGUGUUUCGUUCCAGAAAACUGGACUCUGAGGUGGGGAAAGGAGAAGGGUAUAGCCAUUUGGGUGGGUGGGUAGAGUGUCCCAUUGACAGGAGGCUUUGCAAUGACUUCUACACCCCAUUAGGUUGGGGGCUCGUCCGGGAUGCUUUCUUCAGUCAUUGUAUGUGUUUCAUUCCGGAGAACUGGACUCUGAGGGCCAAGAGGUGGGAAACGGAGACAGGUAUAGCCAUUUGGGUGGGUGGGUAGAGUGUCCCGUCGACAGGAGGCUUUGCAAUGACCUCUACACCCCAUUAGGCUGGGGGCUCGUCCGGGAUUCUUUGUUCAGUCAUUGUAUGUGUUUCGUUCCGGAGAACUGGACUCUGAGGGCCAAGAGGUGGGAAACGGAGACGGGUAUAGCCAUUUGGGUGGGUGGGUAGAGUGUCCCGUCGACAGGAAUGACCUCUCUCCCUCCGCCCCGUUACGAUUUCUCCCUCUGGUACUCCCCGGAGGACGAGAACAUCGCCGCCGCCGUGGCCGGGAUCCUCCGGGAGCACGGCUUCCGCGGAUACGUGGAGCACCAAGACGCCGUGGCCGGGAGGCCGGUCCUCGCCUCGGCCGACGAGGGCAUCCGCUCCAGCCGGGUGGCCCUCCUCCUCCUGAGCCCCCGCUCCUUGGGCGACCGCUGGUGCCGGCGGGUGGCCGAGCUGACCCUGCUCCACGCCGUCCACCAAGAGGAAGCCAAGGUCGUCCCGGUGUACGUGGGCGUCCGGCCGGAGGAGGCCCCGCCGUCCCUGAGGCUCUUAACUGGACUGGAAUACGGCCAGCGGUUUUUCAAGCAGAGGCUCCUCCGAUGCCUGGAAGCGAGUUGUAAAGGACGCCGCUAAGAUCGGAUCCGCUUGGUCUCUGUGGGUUUGGUGAAUGUCUGGAGGCUGGUUGUUUUAAUUUAAGGAAACCCUUAUUAAAGAGCAGGUUUUGGACAACG